AUGUACCACACCUAUCACGUCCAAGCCAUAAUCGAACGCCGCUUCAAAGCAAACUCGGUCGUCUCCCGACCUAUUCGAAUCUACCGCCAUCGUCACCUAUUGAACGAGCCUCAGAUAGCAUCGAUACCUGCGACAAUCGAAAGACAAUCCGGCCAAGAAAUGCAAUAUUGCAUCUCAAUACCAGAAUCAAAAAUCCCCUUUGGAAGCAAAUUCCACGCGAAAUGCUAUUUCUCCCCUCUAUCGAAGAAUCUCAGCCUAAAGACGGUCUCGGUCUCAGUCCUGGAAAACGACAGUCUACAAAUCGACGCGACAGCAGCAGAAUCAGCAAUGCACGGCAUUCUCAAAUUAAAUUCGAAUCGAACGUCUACCCUCUUUGAAGCCGAGCACGAUUUCUCGAAUCAAAUACCCGACACUUCAUUAAUAGCGAAUGACGGUGGAGAUGGCGAUAUACCCUCUGCGGAGUGGCCUUUGAGUCUUCCGGUGCAAUUACCGGAAAGUUUUGACUUUGCUUCACAAUCUAUUUCAACUAGUAUCAUUCGCAUCUCCCAUGAACUGGUCAUACAGGCGCAUUUCUGGAAUACCGAGACAGAUGCACCGAUACUGAUCCAGGAACGAAUUCCUUUCUCAAUUUACAUGACACCCGCAGUCAUUGGAGACGAUGGAACAAUCCAUGGCCAAGAUCUUGAAUCCUUCCAGUCGUAUGAAAACGCGCCUCCGGCCUACGGUCGACAUAAGUGUGAUGCGAUUCCGGUUGAAUGGGCUAGCUAUCUUAACCAGCUCAGCGCAGAAAGGGCCCGAAUGUCGAGUGAACAGUGCUUUCAGCCAGCUAUCGGUAGUGUAUCGUGUGUUCCAAUUGCUGGUGUAUCUUUGGAGACUGAACCGCCUGCCUACCAGUUUUGUGCUACUUGA